CGGAGGAGGAGCCCGGAGCCAUCCAGCCCGGCGGAGCCAGGCAGCGGCACCACCUAGCGUAAGUGGCCAUGGGGAAGCGAUACUUCUGUGACUACUGCGACCGCUCCUUCCAGGACAACCUCCACAACCGGAAGAAGCACCUGAAUGGACUGCAGCACCUCAAGGCCAAGAAGGUCUGGUACGACAUGUUCCGAGACGCAGCCGCCAUCUUGUUGGACGAGCAGAAUAAGCGGCCCUGCAGGAAGUUUCUACUGACAGGCCAGUGCGACUUUGGCUCCAACUGCAGAUUUUCCCACAUGUCGGAGCGAGACCUGCAGGAGCUGAGCAUCCAGGUGGAGGAGGAGAGGCGGGCCAGAGAGUGGCCGCUGGACACUGCCGAGCUCCCCGAGGGCCAUCUGGAGGACUGGCUGGAGAAGAGAGCCAAGCGGCUGAGCUCAGCCCCAAGCAGCAGGGCCGAACCCACCAGAGCCACCGUCUUCCAGUACCCUGUGGGCUGGCCGCCAGUCCAGGAGCUGCCGCCAUCCCUGCGGGCACCCCCACCUGGGGGGUGGCCCCUGCAGCCCAGAGUCCAGUGGGGCUGAGCCCCUCAACCCGGCCUGACCCCCACCUGGUCACUUCUCUCUUCAGUCACAGUAAAGCUGAGGGGAAGCCGAGCCCCUUCCUGCUGCACGCAGGGAGCCCCUGAGACUGUCGGCCUGGCCUCCUGCCCCCCUCCCUCAUGUGACAUCUUGAGAGGAUGGAGGAGAAACCUUCCAGAUGUUGAUAA